GAGCCCACCCCGUUCGGGGGAAAUCCACGCCACCGGAAGCGGAAAUAGCACAGGGCGCCGCCAGGGUAGCAGUAACUGCCACCGCAAUGCCGAAGGGACCCAAGCAGCAACCACCGGAGCCCGAGUGGAUCGGGGACGGAGACAGCACAAGUCCCGCAGACAAGGUGGUGAAGAAAGGGAAGAAGGACAAGAAGACCAAAAAGACGUUCUUUGAGGAGCUGGCAGUAGAAGAUAAACAGGCUGGGGAAGAAGAGAAAGUGCUCAAGGAGAAGGAACAACAGCAGCAGCAGCAGCAACAGCAACAGCAGCAAAAGAAGAAGCGAGACACUCGAAAAGGCCGGCGGAAGAAGGAUGUGGAUGAUGAUGGAGAGGAAAAAGAGCUUAUGGAGCGCCUUAAGAAGCUUUCUGUACCUGCCAGUGACGAAGAGGAAGAGAUACCUGCCCCAAUACCCCGAGCAGGAAAGAAGACCAAGGGUGGUAAUGUUUUUGCAGCCCUGAUUCAGGAUCAGAGUGAAGAGGAGGAGGAGGAAGAAAAACAUCCUCCUAAGGCUGCUAAGCCAGAGAAGAAUCGGAUCAAUAAGGCUGUAUCUGAGGAGCAACAGCCUGGGCUCAAGGGCAAAAAGGGAAAGGAAGAAAAGACGAAAGGGAAGGCCAAGCCUCAAAAUAAAUUUGCUGCUCUGGAUAGUGAAGAGGAAGCUGAAGAAGAUGAAAUAAUGAAAGAAAAGGAGCCUCCCAAACAAGGAAAAGAGAAGGCCAAAAAGUCAGAACAGGGUUCAGAGGAAGGAGAGGAGGAAGAGGGAGAGUCUAAGGCAGAUGAUCCCUAUGCUCACCUUAGCAAAAAGGAGAAGAAAAAGCUCAAGAAACAGAUGGAUUAUGAGCGCCAGGUGGCUUCAUUAAAAGCAGCUAAUGCUGCCGAAAAUGACUUCUCUGUAUCCCAGGCAGAGGUGUCCUCCCGACAGGCCAUGUUAGAAAAUGCAUCUGAUAUCAAGCUGGAGAAGUUCAGUAUCUCGGCCCAUGGCAAGGAGUUGUUUGUGAAUGCAGAUCUAUACAUCGUAGCCGGACGCCGCUAUGGGCUGGUGGGACCUAACGGCAAGGGCAAGACCACACUCCUCAAGCACAUCGCCAACCGUGCCCUGAGCAUCCCUCCUAACAUUGAUGUGCUGCUGUGUGAGCAGGAGGUAGUAGCAGAUGAAACACCAGCAGUGCAGGCUGUUCUUCGAGCUGACACCAAGCGAUUGAAGCUGCUGGAAGAGGAACGACGACUUCAGAGGCAGUUGGAACAGGGGGAUGACACAGCUGCUGAGAGGCUAGAGAAGGUAUAUGAGGAAUUGCGAGCCACUGGGGCAGCAGCUGCAGAGGCCAAAGCACGACGGAUCCUGGCUGGUCUGGGCUUUGACCCUGAAAUGCAGAAUAGGCCCACACAGAAGUUCUCAGGCGGUUGGCGCAUGCGUGUCUCUCUGGCCAGGGCACUGUUCAUGGAGCCUACACUGCUGAUGUUGGAUGAACCCACUAAUCACCUGGACCUCAAUGCUGUUAUCUGGCUCAAUAACUAUCUUCAGGGCUGGCGGAAAACACUGCUGAUUGUCUCCCAUGACCAGGGCUUUCUGGAUGAUGUGUGUACUGAUAUCAUCCAUCUCGAUGCCCAGCGGCUCCACUACUAUAGAGGCAAUUAUAUGACCUUCAAGAAGAUGUACCAGCAAAAGCAGAAAGAACUGCUGAAACAGUAUGAGAAGCAGGAAAAAAAGCUGAAGGAGCUGAAGGCUGGUGGCAAGUCCACCAAGCAGGCGGAAAAGCAAACAAAGGAGGCCCUGACUCGAAAGCAGCAGAAAUGCCGUCGGAAAAACCAAGAUGAGGAAUCCCAGGAAGCCCCUGAGCUCCUGAAGCGCCCGAAGGAGUACACUGUGCGCUUCACUUUCCCAAAUCCCCCGCCACUCAGCCCUCCUGUGCUGGGUCUGCAUGGUGUGACAUUUGGCUAUGAGGGGCAGAAACCACUCUUUAAGAACCUGGAUUUUGGCAUCGACAUGGACUCAAGGAUAUGCAUCGUGGGUCCUAAUGGUGUGGGGAAAAGCACACUACUCCUGCUGCUGACAGGCAAGCUGACACCGACACAUGGGGAAAUGAGAAAGAACCACCGACUGAAAAUUGGCUUCUUCAACCAGCAAUAUGCAGAGCAGCUGCACAUGGAGGAGACGCCCACUGAAUAUCUGCAACGGAGCUUCAACCUAGCCUACCAGGAUGCACGCAAGUGCCUGGGCCGCUUUGGCCUUGAGAGUCAUGCGCACACCAUCCAGAUCUGCAAACUCUCUGGUGGGCAGAAAGCCCGAGUUGUCUUUGCAGAGCUGGCCUGUCGGGAGCCCGAUGUCCUCAUCUUGGACGAGCCAACCAAUAACUUGGACAUAGAAUCUAUCGAUGCUCUGGGGGAGGCCAUCAAUGAGUACAAGGGUGCUGUGAUUGUCGUCAGCCAUGAUGCCCGGCUCAUCACAGAAACCAACUGCCAACUGUGGGUAGUGGAGGAGCAAAGUGUUAGCCAAAUUGAUGGGGACUUUGAAGACUACAAGCGGGAGGUGUUGGAGGCCCUGGGCGAAGUCAUGGUCAACCGACCCCGAGAAUAAGCUUUCCCUCUUGGAAAUCAGGAGACAGGCUUAUGUGGCCUAGAAGUACCCCAUUGUCUCCCUCUCCUUGGAAGCCUGCCUCUGCCCUGCAGCUGACCCAGCAACCACUUGGGCACAUGAAGGUGGAGCUGUGACCAGGAUCUGCUUUGAAAGAUUUGUGUGUGCCACUUCAGACAACUGAGUUGACUUACCCUCAGCAGCCCUCUACACAAACAUUAUUGUGGGGUUCCAUCCAACCAAGCUUAGGUGGCCUCUUGUCUUGAGACUCAUUCCUCAGAAGACUGCCUCUGAUCUACCCUAAAGCUUCAGGCCUAGCUGCCCCCACGGGUUUUGAGUGGCGCUUUUCUUUUUUGAUGGAUUUAAUGCUGACUUAACACAAAUAUCCAUUUGGACCUCAGAAUUGGAGGCAGAUGUCUGAGGCCUGUGCUGUUAUCCAGCCUAAGAUUUGGUGCCUGUGGUCACUUGUCUGAUUGGGGACCUGAGGGCAGGAAAGGAAAGCUGGAAAACUUGAAUUUCCUUUUACACAGGGAAGAAAUAAAGGAAAGGAGUUGCUGCUGCCUGUCACUGUUUGGA